UCAGAACACAUCACACGUCGAAACGCGGUAUAUCUGCACCUUCUACAGGACGAAUCGUAACUUACCUUACCGUGUAUUUUUGUUGCAACUACAUUCGGACCAUAGUCGACCAGAAUCACGGUCAACGAAGGAAAUUUGGCGCCGUCGCCCGUCAUGUACGUGACCCGGGAGUCGCAGUACUUACUACAGUUGCUUUACUUCGAGUCUGCGCACAACUGGCUAGUUCACGGCGACGCUGUCGAACCCAUCAAAGGAACGAUCGUAAGAAGCCGAUUAGAUCUUGUUUCUUUGCGAAUAUACGAUCUAUUUACCGAGAACGCACUGGAGCCAAACUACCACUACUAGAGAUCGUAAAGUUCCUUAUUCUCAUUUUCAUCUCUGACCCGAUUCUAAAUCUGGAAAAAAAUACUUGAUCGCCCCUGUCCCUGUCCCUGCCCCCCGUGAGAGGGCGCACAUUCGUCAUUUUUAAAAAAUCGCGGCGACGCUGCCACAAUAAUCGCACCCACGGCACCGCUUUUUCCUUGUGUUUACGUGUUUGUGCGCAAUGUGAGGGCUUGAGACGCUGCUCGCGAUACGUGUGUAUCUCAAUCCUUCGCGUCCACUUUAUCUAUCGUCAGAGCAAGGAGAAGAGGAGUGCAACUCAGAGGUAGGUGGUUGACAAACGGCUCCCUGGUCACCUGUGUUCGUUAUUCGAAACUGCGGUAAGAAUGUGUUUGAUUGUUAACGAGUGUCUGUACGACAAGAACAAAGAUGCCUUAAAUUCGGAGCAAAUACAGAUUCUUGUCUUGCAAAGGUAAGGACCCCAGCCGCAACUAUUCAUCCAAAGGUUCGGUUCCUCUUUUGUUCAAGGACUCACUUGGUAAUUGGAGCAAUAUUUUAGGUUGAGUGCAACAGGAAUUUGUGUAUCAUUUUAAGAUAAAAAAAAUUAUAUAUCCAUGUCCGAAACAUUAGAAGAACGCAAUUUAAGAUUGUAUUUGGCUGCUGAGAGGAUGAAGAAUUCAAGAGCCAAGGAAUCAGAGGAACAAGCAGCUUUGAGAAGAAUGCAGGAAGCUCAAAGAAUGGCAAGGCAUCGAGCCAAAAAGAAAAGAUGUCUGGAUGAGAAUCUUGCUAGAGAAAUUUCUAAGAUAGCAGAGCUUUCAAAAAUGCCUGAUGCAGCAACCAUUGCUGAAAUGUCAGAGCUAAAUAUGAACAAAAUAUCUGCUGAACUUAAGCAAAUGAUGGAACGAGGCAAAGUACCUGAGCAUAUCGUUCAAAUGGCUCAACUUGCUGAAUUUAGUAAAAUGACAGAACUAAAUAAAAUGUCUCAGGAUAUGGCUAAGCGAUACGAAAUGGAAAAAAUGGCAGAAUAUGCGAAAAAUACUGAAUAUAUGAAAAUGCAGAUGCAAAUGUCAGAAUUGGCUAAAAUGAAUGAAAUGGUUAAAUUUUCUGAAAUGGCAAAAUACAGUGAUAUUACAAAAAUGAAUGAGCUUGCAAAGAUGAAUGAAAUGAUGAAAAUGUCUCAAAUGGCAAAAAUGAAUGAGAUGGCGAAAAUCAAUGAAGUUCAGAGAAUGAAUGAAAUUGCUAAAUUAAAUGAGAUGGUGAAGAUGACAGAGAUGGCUAAAUAUAAUGAUAUUACAAAGUUAAAUGAAAUAGCUCAAAUAAAUGAAAUGGCAAAAGAAAUAGCAAAAAUGAAUGAAAAAACAAAAAUGAAUGAAAUGAUCAAAAUGGCUAAUAUGCAAAAUGAUAUAACAAAAAUUCCAGAAUAUUCGAAAAUGGCAGAAAUGGCAAAACUAACUGAGUUGGCUAAACUUAAUGAAAUUACUAUAACAAAACUCAGUGACCCACCUCAACCACCAGCACCACCACCACCGCCACCUCAACAAAAGGUACAAGAAAUUUCAAGAAUUCCUGAACCUGUGAUUACUGUGCCAAACCCAAGGAAUCUACAAAAUGUGCAAACAGUCCAGGUAGCACAGGCUAGCCCAUCAAGUACUAUAAAUUUUCCAACAGUGCCUGGUCAGGGCAAGUAUACUCAACUGCUUGUCAUAAUUGAAGAACUUGGCAGAGAUAUUCGUCUUUCAUAUGCUGGUAGUCGAAGUGCAGCAGAGCGCCUUAAAAUGGGAAUACAACAUGCUCGGAUUCUUGUUCGCGAGUGUUUACUUGAAACAGAACAUAAUGCAAGGCAAUGAUCUGACGAUACAUUUAGUGUUUUAUAUUUUUUAGAACUUCAUUUCUUUUUAUACAUAUGUGUUGAAAACAGUAUAUCUGGUAUGGUGGUAUUUUGCAGGGAAUGCCUUAUUCUCCGCAAAGAUAAAAAGUCCCUGGAUCUAUAUUUUUUACUGUUUAUUAAAUUACUUUUAAGAAUAAAAUUUUAUAUGGGCGUAAGGUAUUC